ACACCACUGAGCCCGCGAUGCCAUCACAACACUGUACAAGAUGGCGGCUGGAGUUUAUCUACAUGAAGGCUAUUCCCUUGAGGAAGAACUUCAGUUACUUGAAGCCAUAUACAUUCACGAAUUGACCAUUGAGGGUCCCAGAGAAAGACCAUCAAGCGUCAGCCUGCUUCUUCAUCCUAGUACAGGGGAUGAAGGGGACAAACAGUACGUGUGCCUUUCCCUCUUGCUUGCACUUCCCCUUGAGUAUCCAAAUGUGCUGCCAUCAAUAGAAAUAAAGAAUCCAAGAGGUUUAUCCGAGGCUCAUAUUGAAAGCAUCUCCCUAAAUCUCCAUGAGCUGGCAGAAACAAGGAUUGGUUCACCAAUGCUGUUUGAAUUGAUUGAGUAUGCCAAGGAAAGUCUGACAGACAACAACAUGCCCAGUUGUGCCUGUGCAAUAUGUCUAUGUCAUUUCAAGGAUAGCCACUGCUUCACCAAGACCGAGUGUUACCAUUACUUCCACUGCAGCUGCCUGGCUCGCUAUAUUGACCACACAAUAAAGAUGUCAAAAGCUAGUGGUGAUGACAAGCAAGAGCAGGUCGUUUGCCCUAUGUGCAGGCUACCCAUCUCUUAUGACCUGGAAGCCUUGAAAGCAGCUCCUCAUGAAACUACACCAGAGGAGGUGGCUGUCUACAAGCCUGACAAUAAAACUAAAAGACGUCAGAAAGAGUUGGCAGCUUUGUACCAGCGCCAGCUACAGAAGGGAGGAAUCAUCGAUGUGGAGCAGGAGAAAAACAAGUUCUUAAUAGAUAUCACCUCUGUGAGUUCCCCCGAAAUGACUCCCGAGCCUUCCACUACAGAGCCCACCAGUGACGCCUCGUCAAGCUGUGAUGGACAAGGUACAGUGGAACAAGAAGAGACCGCACAGGAUAUGUUCCAAAACCCUGGGAUGAACAGCGCUUACGAGAAGCCUGCUCAGCCACAUCGACCUGGCUCUGGACGCGGAAGAAACAGGCAGUAUGACAGGGGGAGGGGUGGGGGAAGGAAAUGGGAAGAACGACAGAGAAAUAAGAGUAGAAGGAAAGAAGUUUUGAAUGAAAAUGAGCGUGAUGAUGGGAUGAAACUGGGACAAAAUUAUAGAAGUAAACAAAAUAUUCACAAGAAGAAUCUUGGGGGUGACAAGCUGAUGCAAAUAGGGCAAGAGAGAGCGGAUAACAUAGACGCGCAGUCGAGUGAAGGCAAUAGGAAAAACACCGAGGAAAAAGCCGGUACACUCAACGAGAUGUUUUCAGCCGACAGCAAAGUUAUAACUGAGACAGAAUUGGAUUCCAAGGAUACUACGGCAGAUAAUCUUGAUGGAUGUCACAAAUACACAAGAAAAGUACCGCAACGAGACGAUGGCCCACGUGGCAGGGAAGACUUUAAGGGCCCACGAGGUAAUAACAUGGGGCGGACGCCAAACCAAAAAAGAGAAAAGGGAGCCGCUACGAAGCCUCGAAAGAGUCCUGGGUCUGACACGAGACGCCACACAAAAAAAUAACCCCAACAAGUCGAUAGCUCAUGUGACAGGAAAGACUUUAUAGGGCCACGAAAUGGGGACGCUGGACGGAAGCCAAACGAAAGUACAAGAGAAGACAAAGGAGCCGAUAUAGAGCCUGGGCGAUGUCCUGCGUCUGGCCGUGGGAAACAAUGGCAGGGAAACUCCGGUGAAAGAACAAGGCAGAAAGCGGCGGAAGAUACGUGCAUGGUUGAUGGGCGUGGUAGUGUCGCAAAUGGGGCCUUUACAAAACCUGUUAUGUCCAAUCGAGUACAGGAACAAAAAACAAGAGAAAGCGAGUCACACGUUUCUAGGGAGAAUGACACCCCUGUGACUGGAAAGAGUGACUCCUCUCUUGCUGGGAAAAAUGGCAUUUCUGUCGGUGAAAGAUGCAGUGACGGCGCAGAAACGCCUUCUGACUCGAAAAGAAGACAAAGGAGGCAUCGGAAAGGAGGCAAGAAUGGUGAUAAAUCGAAUAGUGUAAGCUCGAGGAAUGAAGUAACCCCUAGCUCAUCAACACCAGAACCUUCUAGUCUGGCUGUUAAGGAGACUGUACGGCCUCCCCCUGGUUUUGAAAUGGUGCAGGGUAACGCCGGGGGAGUCAGCACAUCAGGGCCGCCGCCUGGGUUGGGUACACAAACUGUAAAACCUCCCCCAGGGUUUGAGGGGGUGUUUUCCAAAGCUUUUGACUGCUUAAAAUGAAUGAUUGGUUGUUAGAUUCGACUCUUGCGUUUGUCAAGGCCCCAUGCUUGAUCAGCUCAAGAUCGUUAUAUUGUUGAUGCCGGUCGUCAAAUAAAUUGAAAUACUUGGA